UCUUUCCUGUUUGGGCACACGCGCCCUGAAUCUGACUGCUGGUUAUGCAUCGCUGUCAGCACAAGAACAGGAGCAUCGCUACCGGUACCAGCUUCAUGUUCACAUCAAAUUAAUUUUCAUCCCUGCAGCCUGACGGGUGUGCUAACCGUGUACUAGUGAAUCAAAUUAGCUGGCUUUGUUCAUGGUGCAAUGCUCAGAUAGUCUCUGUGAUGUUGUCGGUUAGAUUCAUGUGCAACCUUUCUGAAUAUUUUCUGCAGGGAGUUGCUCUGCUCUCUUCUUUGUGCUAUGUAGACAAGCAGUUAGGAAGUGGGUUUAUGACCGGGAUUUUGUUGUUUGGGGGUAUGUACUGAAGUACUAACUUCUGAACAUUUGUUGUCGCAACUGUUUUUCGUACACAAGCACUGGUCUUUGUUCAGAUUUAUGCUCUGUUCUUAAUCUGAACCGUGAAGGGGAGCCUUGGCGCAGUGGUAAAGCUGCUGCCUUGUGACCAUGAGGUCAUGGGUUCAAGUCCUGGAAACAGCCUCUUACAGAAAUGUAGGGAAAGGCCGCAAGCGGGAGCUACAUGCACCAGGAGGAUCUAGUGGCAUUGGUCUAGAGACCUCGAGAGUCUUUGCCCUGAGAGGAGCCCAUGUCAUCAUUGCUGCGAGAAACACAGAGGCUGCAUCAGAGGCAAGGAAGCGCAUCAUGGAGAUACACCCAGUAGCCCGUGUCGAUGUUCUGAAGCUUGACCUUAGCUCCCUCAAGUCUGUCAGGGCCUUCGCUGACCAGUUCAACUCCAUGAAUCUUCCUCUAAACAUCUUGAUAAAUAAUGCAGGUGUGAUGUUCUGUCCUUUCCAACUGUCUGAAGACGAAGUGGAGAUGCAGUUUGCCACAAAUCAUCUUGGUCACUUCCUACUGACCAACCUUCUCCUUGAUAACAUGAAAACUACUGCCAAGUCUACGGGUAUUGAGGGUCGCAUUGUGAACUUGUCAUCAGUUGCCCACCUCCAUACAUAUCCAAAGGGGAUUCUGUUUGAUCAGCUCAAUGACAAGAAAAUAUACAAUGAUAAAAUGGCCUAUGGACAAUCUAAGCUUGCAAACAUACUGCACGCGAAAGAGCUCUCUAGGCGGCUCAAGGAGGAAGGAGCUAACAUCACAGUUAAUUGCGUUCAUCCUGGAUUGAUCAUGACCAAUUUGAUGAGGCAUUCCUUUGCUCUCAUGAAGGCGAUUCAAGUUGUCACCUACUUGUUCUGGAAGAAUGUACCCCAGGGAGCGGCAACUACUUGCUACGUAGGCCUCAACCCUCAGCUGAAGGGGAUGACAGGCAAAUACUUUGCCGACUGCAACGAGGAGAAGACGAGCGCGCACGCGAAGAGUGACGCCUUGGCAAAGCAACUCUGGGAGUUCAGCGAGGAGCUCAUCAGAUCCGCCAAAUGAGAGCUCCGGAAAGGCGUCUUUCGGGAUGCUGUCGAGUUUAUGGUACAAAUGGUUGGUUAGCAAGUAGCAGCAGCACAAGCAGUAGCUACAAGUAGGAAACUGUCACCUGGUGAAGUGAACCAAUAUUGUUCACGAAUAAAUUUUCCGUCCUUGUUUGAUGUCGUGGCUAUGAUCGAAUUGUGUUCUUGUCAAUAUAUUCACCUCAAGUAUAUUUGUCGGUCGGUUUCGGAUUGGAUUAAUGAAUGUAGUUAAUCA